UCAGCUCCAGCAGACCCCGACGUGGUAAGAAGGACCAUGAGGACAGGAGCUGCAGGCAUUGGGAAUCCCUGCACAAUGUGAUGAGAAUAGACAAAGAGUGCAGGAGGAGAGAGGAGGAGAGACGGCUUCGUGCUGUCAGUCUGGCUGUGAGUCCUCUGUAGAGCUCCUCUUAGUCCUGGCAACGCCAUUGAUUUUUGAAAGAGGGUCUGGAUUACCUUCCUCCCCCCCAGGAAUUGCACCUACAGGUAUAAGGAGGGGGCUUCAUCUGUGAACAAGGAGGAGAGGUGGGAUUUUUGCAAUAACUGGACCUGUUACACCUUAUUUACCAAUCCCCAUUGCUAAGCCAAUGAGAUCCCAAUCUGCUCCUGCAAACUACCCCCCCAGAGAUCUGCAAACUGCCAGACCCUGGGGCAGGGGCUCAGUGCUGUUUGGGGAGCCUCAUCUCUUCUGGAGCUGAAUGCCCUUGUGGAGACUGUUUGCCCUCCCUGCCUCCCUUAAGGGGGGGAAAUCUGUAGCUCUGAACUGUCUUGGGUUUUUGUGCUUAUUUUUUAUUUUUAGUAGCAAAGAGGUGAGAUGCUGGGGCUGAUGAGUGAACCUCACACGAGACAUGCCUAACAAGAGACAUGGGCCAAGGGGACGAGACAGAUCGCAUCGUGAUAAACGUGGGAGGGACAAGGCACCAGACUUAUCGCAGCACCCUGCGCACCUUGCCUGGCACCAGGUUGGCUUGGUUGGCAGAGCCAGAUGCCCACAGCCACUUUGACUAUGAUCCUAGAGCUGACGAGUUCUUCUUUGAUAGACAUCCUGGGGUAUUUGCCCACAUCCUGAAUUACUACAGGACUGGCAAGCUGCACUGCCCAGCAGAUGUGUGUGGACCACUCUAUGAAGAAGAGUUGGCCUUCUGGGGCAUUGAUGAGACAGAUGUGGAACCUUGUUGCUGGAUGACCUAUAGACAACACCGAGAUGCAGAAGAAGCCCUGGAUAGUUUUGGUGGCGGACCUGUGGAUAACAGGGAUGAUGAUGGGGAUGUAGAUGGCACUGGAGACUCAGGAGAUGGAGAAGAGGAGCUGGAAAUUACUAAACGAUUGGCCCUCAGUGACUCCCCAGAUGGUAAACCAGGGGGGUUCUGGAGAAGAUGGCAACCUCGAAUUUGGGCUUUGUUUGAAGACCCCUACUCUUCUAGAUAUGCAAGGUAUGUGGCUUUUGCCUCCCUCUUCUUCAUCCUGGUCUCCAUCACCACCUUCUGCCUGGAGACGCACGAACGCUUCAACCCCAUCGUGAACAAAACAGAGACGGAGAUCAUCGGGAACGAGACCCAUCUGCGUUUCUACGGAGAAUCGGAGACCGAGGCCUUCCUCACCUACAUCGAAGGGGUCUGCGUGGUCUGGUUCACCUUUGAGUUCUUGAUGCGGAUUACGUUCUGUCCCAACAAGGCGGAAUUUGUCAGAAACACCUUGAACAUCAUCGACUUUGUGGCUAUUCUGCCUUUCUACCUGGAGGUUGGACUCAGCGGUCUGUCUUCCAAAGCUGCUAAAGACGUCUUGGGCUUCUUGAGAGUCGUCCGCUUCGUCCGGAUCCUUCGAAUUUUCAAGCUGACCAGGCAUUUUGUAGGCCUGAGGGUUCUAGGCCACACUCUCCGGGCUAGCACAAACGAAUUCUUGCUCCUCAUAAUAUUCUUGGCUCUGGGGGUCUUAAUCUUCGCCACGAUGAUCUAUUACGCCGAGAGGAUAGGUGCUAACCCAAACGAUCCUAGUGCCAGUAAACACACACAUUUUAAAAAUAUCCCCAUUGGUUUCUGGUGGGCCGUCGUCACCAUGACCACUCUGGGCUACGGGGACAUGUACCCUCAGACCUGGUCGGGAAUGCUGGUGGGAGCUCUUUGCGCUCUGGCCGGCGUGCUCACCAUCGCCAUGCCGGUACCCGUCAUAGUGAACAAUUUUGGAAUGUAUUACUCGUUAGCCAUGGCUAAGCAGAAGCUACCAAAGAAAAAAAAGAAGCAUAUCCCAAGACCACCCCACCUGGGAUCCCCCAAUUAUUGUAAAUCCGUCGUAAACUCUCCGCACCACAGUACUCAAAGCGACACGUGCCCGCUCGCGCAAGAAGAGAUGUUAGAAAUGAGCAGAGCAGAUCCCAAACUGAACGGAGAAGUGGCAAAGGCGGCGUUGGCAAACGAAGACUGCCCUCACAUAGACCAGACUAUAACGCCCGAUGAGGGCCUAUCCUUUACGCAGUCUAACACUCGGGAGAAAGGCGGCCCCUACUUUCUCCUUUCACCCGAGGAAUACCCAAGUCCAUCUGAUGGAGGAAUAAGAAAGGGCAUGUUUUUACAAAGGGCGUCUUGUCAUUGCUAAAUAUAUGCAAACAGAGGCAGUCACGGCGAAUGAAUGAGAACGCUGGACACGCCAACGACAGGGCCACGUUCACCCUGACGGAAACCUGCGAGGACCCUGCGUACAUGCGCAAGAAAUGCUGCUCCGCGCCGGUGUGAUGGACAAAGUCAAGUGAGGUUUUUUUUUGGGGGGGGGGGUCUUGUUGUGGAUACCAGUUCUAUAAGAAGAUAGAGGCUUUUUUUUUUUUUUCCUACGGCCAAAAUGUAACAAAACUGUAGAAGAUUUUUUUUUUUCUUCUUAAAUGACCUUAUUUUGUAUUCAUUUUGGGGUCCGCAUGGAUUGCAUGAUGGUAGAAAAACGAAACAAAAACAAGAAAAAAAAGACAAAAAAGGAGAAAAAAAAAGGAAUUGUACGAUUUCCUCGAGAACUUCAAAUAUAUAUUUUAUUUUACAUACAUUAUGUAGCAAAAAUGUAAACAUUUAAAACUGUAUAUUUAUUGGCUAUGGGUGGCUUUUUUUUUUUUGUAUACAGAUUAAUAACACUCAUCGGUCAUAUUGACCAUGCCUACAUAUUGUAUAUCAUCGUUACAUGGACAUCAAGGACUUCUUCUGUGUACGUUUGACGAACUUUUCCGUUAACCCGUUUCUGUUGGCAUGCUUGUGAAACAAAAAAAGGGGACUUACGUUGGACCCGAGAACAGCCGCUCUAGGAUACUUUCCCCUCAUCGAGGUCCUAAUUGUAAUUUAUCGGUGUAUAGCUCCAAUAUCCUUCAUAAAUUAUUGUUCUUAUUAAAAAUACUCAAGAUGGAUUUCAACAAAAAAAAAAAAAAAAGGAAAAAAAAUGUGUUCAUUUAAUG